CUGGAGCUGGCGUUUGGCGUUUAGUUGUGUGUCCACAUCCGGCUAGAAAACAAGUCAUACUGCACGUGAAGUGUUUCUAGAAUCGGCCACGAGGUCGCGCCACGAAUAUUCUGUACGGUUUAUCCUGAAGGAAUUCGCCGCAAUUUGAAUUCGAUCUUUCGCCAGGAGCGGACAUUGUUACGGAUCACGCUUGCGGUAAUCUGCCUUGGUUAGCGAAAUUGGGUGAGAACGCGCCACCAAUCGCAAAAGACCGAAUUUCAUGAAUUGUUUAUGCGAAAUCUGCUUGUGACUGAGGACACCCCGCCUGAAAUGACUGGUCGACACGGUCCCUGGUCCCGACCAUAAUUUGUUGAUUUUUGAAUUCGCAAAGGAUCCCAUGUGCCCGAGGAAUUCGGAAAUUGAGAAAUAAUUCCGUUCGGUGUGGAAAAGUGAGGAAAUCCGCGGUGCAAGGGCGGGAAAGAGCGGCAAGAGCGCGAAGUGCCACUGACUAAGCGAGCGUGGUUCUGAUAGUGAAUGCACACACUGACGUGUAGUGUAGCGCCGCGAUUUAUUUAUACGCUUACGUAACAAGUGUCAUUUUGUUGUUGCUUUUCCAUUUUGGACGGCAGUCGGUGGAGACGAGCCAGCAAGUGGGGAGCAGCCGUGCGGAGUGUUGGCGCGAAUUAAUUAAAGCCCAUGUGGUCUGUUGCCCCUUGGCCGAUAGAGAUUUCAUGAUUUUCCCAGCCAGCGAGGACUGAUCCUGGUCAAUCCCCCGGGAUACUGUCGCCCUGCAAGGACUCUACUGGAAGGCAGGGUAGCGAGCAGAUCGCACUAGUGAUCCAGGCGAAACGUGCAGGUCCGUUUUUUCGGAAUUCGCCAAUUCUAAUACGCAAUACGCAAACAUCGCUCCGGAAUUUUUUUCGUUUCUUACACGCUUAUCGGCGGCGGCCGCCCCUGAACGAGUUCGUGUAUUAGUUAGUCGUCUGUGUGCCAAGUAUAAAAAUAAAAAUCCACUGAGUGUUAGUAGAUUUUAAUAAGCAGCAAAAAGCGAGAAAAAAGUGCGCCUUCAUCGCAUCGCCCGGUAUCGAGUAUCUGCGUAUAAAAAAAUUUAUCUGCUACGUACGGGGCGAAUUUGCAUAUGAAUCUCCGUUUUUGAAAAAGUGCCGAUCGCAGAGUCGCAAUUGCAGAAUUGUCGUUACCUUAUCGGCGCCGUCGUCUCAGCGACAGAAAGUCGGUGGAGCCGUUCGCAAGUCUAAUCGAGUUCGUCGCGGCCAUCUGAAUGUUGUUUUUUCUCUCGAUCGAUUUUUUUAUUAGUAAACAAUAGUACAAGAGUGACAUCUGUGAUCCACGUUUUGCAUCGGCGGAGAAAUACGACACUAUCUAUCAUCCAGCUCGAUCGUCUGGGGGCCCGGGCGCCUUGGUGCAAACGAGAGAGAAUCCAGUGCUGUUUUUUCGUAUCUGUGAAAGUGCAAUAGUAUGAAAAUCAAUCUUUUUUCUUAGUUCAAUUUAUCAUUAGUAGUUGUUAUUGUCGUUCUCAUAAAUAAAAAUUGAUCGUUAAAUUUUUGAAAAUUAAAUUUUGGCGUCAUUACGUCGUGCUUAUAUAUGUGAUAUACAAAAAUAAAUCUAGUUAGAAACGGGAUAAAAUUAAAUAAGAAAUCAAUCGUGUAACCACAACGUGUUCAUAAUUUACAGUUUCGAUAUUGUUUUCAAAUUAGCUAUUAUCAUUAUUAAAAUUAAUUGUUUUAUUGACCAUGGAUCAAUUCGAAUGGUUACCACCGCAAGAAUCUACGGAAGAAAACUUACAAAUGGACUACGUAUCCGAGUUACAAGAUGGGACAUUCGAGCCCCAAACGCGUACCCGGUCGAAUACUUGGCCCUUACGGAGGCCUGACAAUUUCGCGGAACCCAGCGAUGAGUCGGAAAGUACCAAGGCCAGUAAUCAGCAAUUGCCGACAGACUCACAACAAGCCACAGCUCAAAGUCUGACUACGUCAAAAAAGAAUUCAUCGCGACGCAAUGCAUGGGGCAAUUUAUCAUAUGCUGAUCUCAUUACACAUGCAAUUGGUUCGGCGACAGACAAGCGACUCACUUUAAGCCAAAUCUACGAGUGGAUGGUACAGAAUGUGCCAUAUUUUAAGGACAAAGGUGAUUCAAAUAGCAGUGCCGGAUGGAAGAACUCCAUUCGACACAACCUCUCCCUACACAAUCGCUUUGUGCGCGUACAAAAUGAAGGCACUGGCAAAUCAUCAUGGUGGAUGUUGAAUCCUGACGCAAAACCGGGCAAAUCUGUGAGGCGAAGGGCUGCGUCAAUGGAAACGUCGAAAUAUGAAAAGCGACGAGGACGAGCGAAAAAGCGUGUCGAAGCUUUACGCAAUGCCGGUGUAACUGGUUUGAAUGAUGCCACCCCCUCGCCAAGCAGUAGCGUGAGCGAAGGACUUGAUCAUUUUCCUGAGAGUCCUCUGCAUAGUAGCGGGGGCUUCCAAUUGUCGCCCGACUUCCGCCAACGAGCAUCAUCGAAUGCUAGCUCCUGCGGGCGUUUGAGUCCUAUUCCAGCUGUAAUAGGCGUGGAGCCUGAUUGGAGCUACCCCCAAGCGCAAUCGUCAUCGGACUUCAACCAAAACACAUCAUCAACGGUCACGUCAGCGAACACUUCUGCGUUAGACCAGUUAGCAGGAUCGCUGGCCGACGAAUUGACAUUUCAAAAUUCACUACAAGGGUUCGUUACAGCCUCAGGAAUUCCUAAUCAACCACCACCACCUUAUCAGCCCCCACAACCGUUUUCGUUACAUGCAACCGUUGCUCAAUCCUAUGGUAUGCAAGCAAAUCAAUGUCCUUUACACGGUUCUCUUCCCUGCGCUUGCCUGCAUAAUUCCAGAGAGGGAAUGUCACCAUCAUCAGGAACUGGAAUGUCCCCAUCGUAUCCUCAUAGUGAAGCAUCACCUGAUACGCUAGGGACAUAUACCACAGCCGUGCAGAUGGGUACGACAGUGAACCCUCGACCACCAUCAAAUAGUCCGCCAUUGACUCCAACGAUAAAUAAUAAUAGAGAAGAAAGCGCGCCAUCAACAUUAAUGGGUCAAUUCAUAGAAGCUUUAAAUAAUCAACAGACGCAAAUAGAGGAAUUCAAUCUGGAUACCUUUCAAGGCGGAUUAGAGUGCAACGUAGAAGAGUUAAUUCAGCAAGAGCUUAGCAUCGAUGGACUGCUGGACAUCAAUAUCCCGAUAACAACUUCCAAUCAGAACACAACAUCACUUACGAAUACUCAGCAGGCAACUACUACAACGACAGCAGUAGGGACGCUAGGUGUGCCGCAAAGUCAAUCGACUGCGAAUUCCUCGCACACGAGAGUACCAUACUCGCAAACAAGUGUCACGCCACCGUCGUGGGUUCAUUAGCUUGCAACGAGACCAGUGCUAAAUUCUAAGGGAAGAUUCUUAAACACAAAAUAGAAAAAAAAAACUAAAAUUCUAGUGAAAUAUCAAUAUGGCGUCACGUCAGUUUACGUUGGCGUCACUGUCGCCAUGUUGUUAACGCUGACAUUCAGGAAAACAGCUAUUUUCUUUGCAAAAUAAUAUAUUUAGCAACAUUAGCAUCCUAUCAGGCGGAGAAAAUCAGAAAAAAAAUUGAAAAAUUAAAAUUUCAAAAAAUCAAUUCAAAUUCAGUCUAAAUUUAGAUAAGAUUAUACCGACAAGGAGUUGUAAAAUUUAGUUCAUUACCUGUCCAAUGGUAUCCUGUUUACAAAUUGAUAAGUGUAAAUUUACUACUGUACUGAUGAAAGUUGGUUUAUAGAUACAAGAAAUGUUCGAAUCGUUCUCAGUUACGGACUUUGUUAAAAACGAGAGGAUUCGUCUCGAUUCUCGUUCAAGUUUUUUUUUAAUUUCUAUCUAAAUGUCGAUAAAUUUAAUUAAUUUAACUUGUAAUUUUUGGCAGCAACGAGCCAGCUCUGAAAUGAUAUUUUCCUCCAAAUUACGUGUUAUCUAGAUCCUGGCAAGUUUUAUGUUUUUUACUUUUUCUAAAUGGACCGUUAAAGUUCGGGUCUUUGUUACUAAGUUGGGAGGAAAUUGUUUAUUUCAUUUGUAUAAAUUAUGUACUAAAAUGGAGGAGUAAAAACGAAAAACGCACUAUAGAGCUUAGGGUGAAAUUGUAAAAUCUAGGUUAUAACUAUUAUAAAUAAUGAUAAUAAAAAGAAAAUAAAGUCAUAACGAAUGUAA